AUGUUUUCUUUCUCACCAGCUGCGUUUUCUUUCUCGGACCCACUUCCAUUGGGGUUUUCUUUCUCGGACCCACUUCCAUUGCCGUUUUCUUUCUCGGCCCCACUUCCAUUGGCAUUUUCUUUCUCAGCACCCCACACUUUCUCCGACAGAUCGUCCGAUUUCUUCUCGGCCCUGAACUGCAGAAUGGCGUUGAGGAUGGUGAUUUGGUCCGCCUCGCUCCAAAUCCUCUGGAACAUUUGUUUCUUCUCGGGUUCAGCCUUCUUACUCUUCUUCGACUUCUUAGUAACAGUGGACUCCGUCCCCUUAACCUCCUCGACGGCCCUCUUCCUGGUAGAUCUGGCCCUCGACUUCUUCGCCUUGGAAUUAUUUCUGGCUUUCCUGUCGGAUUCGGAUUCAGAAUCCUCGUCGGAUGGGGCGGGUAUUAUGGCCGAAGGGGUUUGGGGUUUCCUCGCGGCGGCCGGCGGUGGGGAAGUCUUCCGGAUCUGUUCGGGCUCAGAUCCGAUUUCCUCAGACGAAGAAUUUUCGGUUUCCUCCUCGCCAGAAGAGGAGACGGGCUCACGAGCUUUCGCCAUUUUACGGAGACAGAAUGAGAGUGAGUGGCGAAGUAGUGAUAUACGAAACAGGAUUUAG